AUGGUGACUGCCGCUGCUCUCCCAGUCAACAAGAUUCCUAAGCCGCCCUCCCUGACUCUAUCCGUAGCGUCUUCCACGAAAACUAACGCCCGUGUUGAGUGCUUCCCCGGCCGCACCUGCGACACUGGAACCUGCUACCAUGGUUACUGCUACGUCGACGAGGAAGAUAUCCCCUGGGACGACGAGGAUAAGCCCAACAACAUUGAUAACGGCGAUAGCGACAACGACAACGACAACGACAACGGUGAUAUUGCUAAGCAUGACGGUUUCUGA